AUGGGCUGCAUGAGUGUGGCAGCAGGUUGCAGGAAGGGAAAUGUGAGCAGUAACCCGAUCAAAUCCACCUGGAUCCCAUUCAGCUUGACCAAGGCUGGAGAAGGGCAUCGGUCAUUCUCACUGCGUCUAAUGAUUGAUGACUGGGUCACGGAGUGCACCUCCACUGUCUACUACCUGGGGGACCUCAUUCACAUCGAGGUCUCUGUUUCAAUGACCAACCACAUGCCCCUGAAGCUCUACAUUGACCGGUGUGUAGCCACACUGAGCCCAGACAAGGACUCCACCCCAAGAUACCCCAUCAUUGACCGUAAUGGUUGCCUCCUGGACAGCAGAGCUGAGGACUCCCACCUUCGUGCUGCCAAGAGGGAAGCGUGA